AUGGCGGAGGCAGUUACAAACGUUAUCAGAACAUCUUCCUCAAAUAAUGAACUGAGCCGCUCUUCAUCGUCUUCUUCCACUUCGAGAAGGCGAGUUUCUCCUCCUCGUGAACUCGCUGGAGCUCCGAUACGCUGUCGAAAUGAAUCUUCGUCAACGAGAAGCAUUCAUGACGAACUUCUGGAUUUGGAGGCCUGCGAUCUCACAUCGUCAGUAAAUGAGGAAGUGAGCUAAAGCUCUUGAAGACGUCUCUCAAAACUUUCUUUUUUAGAUCUCAUUGAUGCUUUCGCCAUCUCCGUCUCCAGAAAGAACUCCAGCUAGUCAAGAUUCCUCGGCGACACCGGCGUCUGUUAGGCCGAGCUCGUCAAGGGAUUCCGGAAGACUUAGUGACGUUUUCCAAGACCCGCAACCAAGAAGAAGAGCGACGAGACCACUCUUCCAACAGGAACCAGAGUUCAACUUUAGCAGUGAUUUGGAAGAAAGCGUUAGUUUUUUUUUUGCCUUGUUCUUUGAUCAGUGGCAAUUUUCAGUCUGAUUUUCGAAAACCUUCGCGAAUAUCGAUUGAUGAAAGAUUGACUGUUAUUUGUGACUCUUCUGAUAAUGCAACCCCUCUGCGUUAGUUUAAUUUUUAUUAAAUACCUUCCAAGCGGCAUAGCUCAGCUGGCAUAACUCAUUUCUAACAGCCUCAAGGUCGUAGGUUCGAGUCCCCCCGAGGUCGACCAAGCCUUUCAUCCCUCCGGGGUAGAUAAAAUUGGAAGCUGCAUGCAGCGAAAAGGCUCAAUCUCUGCCAUCGGCCCUUGGAAAGCCGGCACCGUACUUCUUCCUACGACCUCUUUUGUACCUGAUGUCCUACGAGCGAAAUUCACAACUUCUCUGCCUAAGCCACAGCUCCUGCCGCCGUUUAAACACAUUUAAAUCAAUGAAAGUCGAUUGCACAUGUAUUCUUACAUUGAAGAUGCAAUAAACAGUAAAAAACAAACCUUCCAAACUAUUUUUCUUCAGAAACGCCAACACACGAUAAGUCACCGCUACUCGAUCCUGAUCCGCCCAAAUCUUGUGGCUUCUUUUCUUUUUUCUGGAAUGAAUUAACUAGGUUUAUUUUAUUUUCAGUUUCGGUGUUCAAAUGAGUUUUCAGGGGAUACUCUCUGCAUAAUGAUCAAGCGCGGUACUCAGAGAAAAGACGAAAGGUUCUCUUCAAGUUGGAUCAAUAAUGAAGACUUUUUUUUUGAAGGUUUACGCGUUUAUGAGGAUUCCGGUGGAGCUGGAACAAUUUUUGUGUUACGGGCUUUUGCAGUGUAUCGACGCGUUUUGCUAUUUAUUCACAUUUUUACCGUUGCGGUUUUUGGUUUGUUUUUGCUCUAUAUUGGAGGUUUCGAGAUUUACAAAUAUGCAGUACAUAAUAAUCAUAUUUUCAUGAUCAUUUGAAAAGUUUGUUGAAUUCCGUGAAACAUUCCGCAAUAUUCUCACUUUUCAUUCAUUUGAAAGCUUGGAACACUCAAGACUCUCUAAAAACUAUAAUUUUCUUCUAAAAAUUGACUACAGAAAAUAAUAGAUUAACUUCAUGAAAGCAGGUUCAUACUAUGUAUUUUUUGUUAAACUUUUCAAUGGUUUACAAUGAAAUUCGAUAAAUGUUCUUUCCUUUCAAGAUGUCGAUUCUGGGAUCUUUACUCCGCAUAAAAACCUGGACUUCGGCGGAAACUUGCGAUGUUUUGAAGGUUCUCAUAAUUAUUUGCGCUUCUUUCCUGAUCCGAGAAAUAGGUUUUUUCUUUUGUUUAGUUUUCAUAAAGUUCCCAAGAGUUCAGAUUCUUCUGUCCUUUACCACCAGGUGCGGAGCCAAGGCGUGAUAAAGCUGUACAUCUUCUACAACAUGCUCGAAGUCGCCGAUAGGCUUUUCAGCAGCUUGGGACAGGUUUGAAAGUUUUUCAAGAUUGUUGGAAAAGGAUUUUUUUUUUCCCAAUAUGUUUUCCAAUCUUUGUUUGAGAGUUUUUUUUUAUUUAAAGGUAUGCGCUCAAUUUGAUGUAAAAUAGAAAUCGGAAUAGUGUAGGAAAAUAUUCAAAGAUUAUUAAAAAGAAAUAUUAAAUAAUUUUUUUCAACUUGAACCCUAGGAUAUACUGGACGCGUUGUUCUGGACGGCCAACGAGCCGACAAGAUCUUUCUGGCACGGCGCCAAGACGAUUUUCCACCUCUGCGCCGCCAUCCUAUAUGCCACUCUCCACACUUUUCUGGUCAUUUUGCAGGUUUCUCUCCGUACUUUUCCUGUUUUAUUGGAAGUUCGAAAGUUUCAGGCGACGACACUGAACGUGGCGUUCAAUUCGCACAACCAGGCGCUUCUCGCCAUCAUGAUGUCGAAUAAUUUCGUCGAACUGAAAGGAUCCGUCUUCAAGAAGUUUGCCAAGGCGAACCUCUUCCAAAUGGCUUGCAGGUUCGUCCGGUAUAGUCAAUGUUUCCCGACUUGAAAGGCGAAGGAGGCGGGGCAAGGGACGCGUAGCGUGUGCGUUCGCGGUUCUUGGCACGAGUUCAAUUCAACCGCCAGCGACUAUUUAAAAAGCUCGACAACCGCUCUUUUUCAAUGUUCUCUACUAUUUCUUGAUGCACACAUGAACAUAAUCAAUAAAUAUUUGAAAAAAGAAUGAAAAAAGCGAAAAACGGGCUUUUCAAAGAGUAGAUGUGCGGUUGAAUUGAACACGUGGCAAGGACCGCGAACGCACACGCUACGCGUCCCGCCCCUUGCCCCGCCUUUCUCGCCUUUCAAGUCGGGAAACAUUGACUAUACAAAGAAUAAUUCAGAAGAUUUUUGUUUUUUGAGUUCUAUUUUUCAGCUUUCCUGGAUCAUUCUGAAGGCUUAUUUUAAAUUAUUUUUUUCGAUAUCUGUUCUUCACCUUUUCUACCGCCAGGAUUCUGAAAAUUUCUGUCGAUAUUCUUCAAUUUUCAUUUUUCUUCCUAUUUCAAAAAACUAUCCAAUAAAAGGGACCUCUGAAAAAUAUGAUUUAGAGCCUUUCCUUUUUAAAAAUUUAUUUUUCAAUACUCUUUUUCAUUUCAUUUUUGAAAAACGAUGAAUUUAAAAAAAAUUCAAAUUUUUUUUUUUCCAUUGGGCAUGAGCUACCGCAUAACGUUGAAGUUUCAAAAGUCCGAAUUUUCAGUGACGUUCGAGAAAGAAUUCACUUGAUCGCUUUGCUUUUUGUCGUGAUGAUCCGGAAUCUGAUGGCUGUGGAUUGGAGCGUCGAAUCGGCCGGCGAAAUGCUUCCCGAUAUUGUCAGUUCACGAGAUUUUUUGAAAAUAAUUAUGGUUUUUCUUUUCAGAUGAUGGUCAUUGGAGCAGAACUUCUAGUGGAUUGGCUCAAACAUGCAUUCAUCACAAAGUUCAACGAAAUCAAUGCCGAUGUUUAUAAAGGUUUGUUAAAGUAAUAGUCAAUCAAGUUUCUAGAAACCUUCAACGGAAUUCUCACAGAAGAAAAGGCUUAAAAAAAAGAUUCUUGUUCAGUUUCUUUUCAGCUUCAACUUUUAUAAUGUUUAUAUUUUCCUUUAAGGCGGCUUUCUUAAGUAUCGAUGUUCAGGGUCAACGUUAAAUGUGCUCAGAAGCGAGCUCCAAAAAUGAAAUUAUAAAAGAUUUUUUUGGUUUUGAAAAAUUUAUUGGCUUGAAGAGAUGAGAAAAAAAAGUUCGAAAAAUAGCACUUUUUUCAACUUGAUUGUUUCUGAUAAAUAACUUGAUGUCAUUCAAGAAGAAAUUUCUGAAAACUACUGACCGCUUUUCCACUUUUGUAUGUAUCUGUGGCAGACUUCACGAUAACGAUCGCUUUCGACGUGAUACGGAGCCGAGAGCAGUCGGCGUUCAGCGAUUAUUCGGACCAAGUCUCCCGUCGGAUGGGCUUCAUCCCGAUCCCGCUCUCCAUCAUGAUGAUCCGCGUCCUCAGCCAGACUUUUUCCGUUGAGAACCGCGCCAGUCUUCUCAUUUGCUGUACGUUUUCAUCGCUUUUCUGAAUUCAUUUUUUCCCGGAAAACAUCUACAUAGAUUAGGAAAGGAAGCAAACAUUGCUUCGAAUGAAUGAAUAGUUAUAUGGGCUUACGGAAAUUGAUAUGAAAUUCAUAGGCCGUAGAAGAUCUUAAAAAGGCUACAGGGAACAGUAUCACCUCUUUCUUCUGAACGGUUUCACAACAAAGAUUAUUUAUUAGAGACUAAAAAGAGAUCAAUCUCUAUCAGAACUUUUUAGUUAUUGGCUGGUUGCUUUUGCUGGCGAUCAAACUGUGCAACGGGAUCGUUAUGCUCGGCAAAGCCUGCCAACUCGUCAAGAAAUAUCGCGAUUUCCAGGUUUAUCGUCUCGAUUUUCACAAUUCUGAUUCAUUUUGAACUUUUUCCAGGCUAGAAUCGAAUGCGACGAGUUCCGAAAACGCAUCGUCGAGAAGAAAAGCAAGAGUGCGCCGAACUCGCCGAGGAUGAGCCUCAUCGACUUUUCUGGCAUGUUUUGAGGCCCAUUGUUCAAAUUUCUUGGCUUUUAAGAUGUUCUGCACCAACCUCAAGGCGGAGGCAAGUUCUACACGGUUUCGGACAUAAUGAACAAGUGGGACGAGGUUCAGCCGGACAUGGUGAGGAUCAGUUUUUGUGCUCGAAGAGAUUAAUAUUGUUGAAAAAAUUCAACUUUUCUUGUUUUUGUUUCUGUAAUCUAAGAAAGCAAAAGCGCUGCGAUAUCAACUAGUAUUCAACUUAUAUACCGAUUAUUGCAGCUUUCUGAGCGGAGAAGUACAGAUCGUGGAGAUCUCCGCGACGAAAGAACGCCUCGAAGAGCUCAGAGCAUGGCUAACAUGGCGAGGUGCGUCUCUUUUUCAGUAGAAUCAGUUUAUUUUCUUCUCCACUUUAUUCUUCUUUAAGAUGUAAUAAAUGAACUUUACACCUUUUUAAUUCUCAUGGGCUCCUCGCAAAGGCCUUUCAAACAUGUUUUGAUUUGAAAAAUCCCGCAAUUCCUUUUGUCAAAAUCAGUUCCCGUUUCAGAAGAGACCGAAGCGAACCGCCGCCGACGAUUGCAGAAGAAUCCGGAGUGACGUCACCGUCUGAGCCACGUCACAUCGAAGAAAUCGCCUCUUCGGUGGCCGGGUCCGUCCACGGAGAGCGUACCCGCGAGAACAGGUCGGUCAUCGUUCCGAGACCAUUUUAUGGUCUUUCCGUUUUCAGCGGACAGUGCAGUCCGAAGAAGCGCGUCAUGAGCAGCAGCGGCGGGGAGAACAACGAGUUCGGCGACGUCACCGCCUACACGAUGCCAGAACAAGGCGUCCAGCGCAUCGAAUAA